AUGGCCGCCUCUUCCCUCCCCCUCCGCCACCUCCGUCACCUCUCCACCACCGCCGCCGCUGCUGCUGAAGCCGCCACAACAGCUGCUGCUGCGGCCGCUGAUUCCUCAAUCUCCAUCUCCAAGGCGAAAUCCAAGCUCCGAUCCGAACACGACCCGGACAAAGCCCUGGAAAUCUACUCCUCCGUCUCCGAUCGCUACUCCUCCCCUGUCUCCUCUCGCUACGCCCAGGACCUGACCGUCCGCCGCCUCGCCAAGGCCCGCCGCUUCUCCGACAUCGAGUCCCUCAUCGAGGCCCACAAGUCCGACCCUAAGAUCAAGCAGGAGCCUUUCCUCGCCACGCUGAUCCGAUCCUAUGGCCUCGCCGGAAUGUUCGACAACGCUCUCUCGACCUACAACCAGAUGGACAAAUUAGGUACCCGUCGUUCCUCAAUCUCUUUCAACGCCUUGCUGUCUGCUUGCAAUCAGUCGAAACGUUUCGAUCAGGUCCCAAUCUUGUUCUCCGAUAUCCCGUCCAAAUACGGCGUUAGGCCUGAUAAGAUUUCAUACGGUAUCUUGGUCAAGUCUUACUGUGAGUCCGGGAAGCCUGAGAAGGGUUUGGAGAUACUGAGAGAAAUGCAAGAUAAAGGAGUGGAAGUGACUGCUAUCACGUUCACCACCAUUCUGAAUUGGUUGUACAAGAAAGGGAAUAGCGAAGAGGCUGAGAGGCUUUGGAAUCGAAUGGCGAGAAGGGGCUGUGAAGUUGAUGUUGCUGCUUACAACGUUAGAAUCAUGGAUGCACAUGAUAAGGAGCCCGAGAAAGUUAAGGAAUUGAUCGAAGAGAUGGGGACUUCAGGGUUGAAACCGGAUACGAUCAGCUACAAUUACUUGAUGACUUGUUACUGCAAGAAUGGGAUGUUGGAGGAAGCUCAGGAUGUGUACAAGAGGUUGGAGGAAUUCGGCUGCAAGCCCAAUGCCACCACUUUCAGGAGCUUGGUUUACUACUUGUGUCUGAACGAGAGGUUCGAGGCAGGGUACAGAGUGUUCAAGACUAGCGUGGGGCACAACAAGAUCCCGGAUUUUAAUACAUUGAAGCAUUUGGCAGAAGGGUUGGUGAAGAAGAAGAAGAUUAAAUCUGCGAAAGGGUUGAUUCGCACGGUCAGGAAGAAGUUCCCACCUAAUGUGUUGAACGCUUGGAGGAAAGUGGAGGAAAAUCUUGGCCUUGCAUCUGUUGCUGGUGAGGAUGAUGGUGAUAAUGAAGAGGAAGAUGAAAAUGAAAAUGAGAAUCGAGAAGCUGCAGCUCAAUGA